AUGACUGCCGGUCUCGUCACCCCUCCUCGUAUGCCUUCUCCCAUCACUCCUUCCAAGAAGGCUACGAUGGCUCUGCACAACAUGACUCUCGUCAGUCCGAAGGUGGAGAAGAUCGUACUGGUGGAGGCUAAGGAGGAAGCACCCAAGAAACGUUGGGUCGGCGAUAUCGAUCUCCCCGAGCACAAGGAACCCCUCCUCAUGGAAUCAAAACGUCGGUUUGUUCUCUUCCCGAUUCAGUACCAUGAGAUCUGGCAAAUGUACAAGAAGGCUGAGGCGUCUUUCUGGACCGCGGAGGAGAUGGACCUCUCCAAGGAUCUCCACGACUGGAACAACCGCCUCAACGACGAUGAGCGCCACUUCGUAUCCCAUGUCCUCGCCUUCUUUGCCGCGUCAGAUGGUAUCGUCAACGAGAACCUAGUUGAGCGUUUCUCCAACGAGGUGCAGGCCGCCGAGGCCCGCUGCUUCUACGGCUUCCAGAUCAUGAUGGAGAACAUCCAUUCCGAGACAUACUCCCUCCUCAUCGACACCUACAUCAAGGAUCCUGCUCAACGCGAGCACUUGUUCGACGCCAUCGACACAAUUCCGUGCAUCAAGAAGAAGGCUGACUGGGCUUUGCGCUGGAUCUCCGACAAGGAUUCUACGUUCGCCGAGCGUCUCGUGGCGUUCGCUGCGGUCGAGGGUAUCUUCUUCUCGGGGUCUUUCGCGUCCAUUUUCUGGCUCAAGAAGCGUGGACUCAUGCCCGGCCUCACCUUCUCCAACGAGCUCAUCUCUCGCGAUGAGGGCAUGCACACCGACUUCGCGUGCUUGCUCUUCAGCCACCUCAAGAGACGUCCGCAUCCCGAAACCGUCCGCAAGAUCAUCGCGGAAGCCGUCGCGAUCGAGCAGGAGUUCCUCACCGAUGCGCUGCCAUGCGCGCUCAUCGGUAUGAACUCUAAGCUCAUGUGCCAAUACAUCGAAUUCGUCGCGGACCGCCUGCUUGUUGCUCUUGGCGGCGAGAAGCAUUACGACGUCACCAACCCCUUCGACUUUAUGGACAUGAUCUCGCUGCAGGGCAAGACCAACUUCUUCGAGAAGCGUGUGUCGGACUACUCAAAGGCAGGUGUCAGCACGUCGGCGCAGAGCACGACCGCGGAAGUCUCAACAAGCAAGACUUUCUCGCUCGACGAGGACUUCUGA